UGUAUAUAGCUAAAGAUAAACAUAAGUUUUUUGGAAUUCAAACUAAUUUUGGUUUUAUGUUUGUAAAAUCACAAUAAACACUGCUGCUACAGUAAUACUAGCCACUGAAGGUGUUUAUGGGAUAUGUAGUUUUUACAUCGUGACUGAACUACAAUCAGCGAACGGAAAAUACAAGUUAAAACGUUUAAAACACAGACAUUUGAGAUUUUUAAAGAUUAUAAUUUAACCCAUGUUAAAGUCAAACAGGUAAUAAAUAACAAGAAUCGAAUAAGUGGAAAAAUAAAUCGGUUUGACUGAAAUGAAUGGACGAGCUCACGUCCGGUAUUGGCGUGACGUCACAGCCCCGGAUCUCUGCUCUUAUUAUUAUUCUGUGGUCUCUGCAUCACAAUCCGCUGCUUGUCCCAUCUCUCUCCUCCUGCAGCCAUCCAGCAAUAAUAAUAAAUAAUAAUAAAAUAAUUUAGUAGUAGUAAAUAAUAAAUAAUAAUGAUAAUGAAGGUGGAUUUUGAGGAGUGUCUGAAAGACUCGCCCCGUUUCCGGGCUGCUGUAGAAGACGUUGAGGGGGAUGUCGGCGAACUGGAGUCCAAACUGGACAAGUUAGUUAAGCUGAGUAUCGGGAUGAUAGACGCCGGUCGAGUUUACAGUCACGCCAACAGACAGUUCAUUAGCGGGAUCCGAGAUUUAGCGCUCCAGUCCAGCAGAGACGACGUCAUCGGGUCCAGUUUAGCUGCUUUUGCUGAGACGCUGCAGGAGAUGAAUAACUACCACACAAUUUUAUUUGACCAGGCCCAGCGAUCUGUCAGAUCUCAGCUUCAGACCUUCGUAAAAGAGGAUCUGAGGAAGUUUAAGGAGGUGAAGAAGCAGUUCGAUAAAGCGAGUGAGGAGAAGGAUGUGGCGUUGGUGAAAAACGCUCAGGUUCCCCGGACCAAACCGCACGAGGUGGACGAGGCCACCAACAUCCUCACCACCACCCGGAAGUGCUUCCGCCACAUCGCCCUCGACUACGUACUACAGAUCAACGUUCUUCAGUCCAAGAAAAGACUGGAGAUUCUCAAAUCGAUGCUGUCCUUCAUGAACUCCAAUCUGAGCUUCUUCCAGCAGGGAUACACACUCUUCAGCGAUCUACAGCCACUGAUGAAGCAGCUCGGGGGACAGCUGGAUCAGCUGGUCGUCGACUCGGCAAAGGAGAAAAGAGACAUGGAGCAGAAACACUCAGCCAUCCAGCAGCAGGCUGCACUACAGGACUUGUCCUCGGAGGACUGUGGGCUGCAGGUCAGUGUGGACUGUGAGGAUGGAGUGAUGAUGGAAGGAUAUCUCUUCAAACGAGCCAGUAACGCGUUCAAAACCUGGAACAGGCGCUGGUUCUCCGUUCAGCACAACCAGCUCGUCUACCAGAAGAGAUUCAGGGAUAACCCCACUGUAGUGGUUGAGGAUCUCCGGCUCUGCACGGUUAAACAGUGUGAGGACGUGGAGCGGCGUUUCUGCUUCGAGGUCGUCUCUCCAAACAAGAGCUGUAUGCUGCAGGCUGACUCAGAGAAACUGCGACAGUUCUGGACCAAAGCUGUACAGAACAGCAUUGCUACAGCUUACAGGGAGAACGGAGAGGAACCUGCAGCUAGGUUGCAGCGUGAGUCGUCGGCGUCUCUGGGCAGUCUGGACUCUCUGGGUGAGUGUCGCUCUAUACGCUCUGACACGCCUCUACACCGUGUCCUGUCAAUCAGAGGGAACCAGAACUGCUGUGACUGUGGGGAGGCGGAGCCUCGGUGGGCCAGCAUCAACCUUGGCAUCACACUCUGCAUCGCCUGCUCCGGCAUCCACAGGAGUUUAGGAGUUCAUAACUCUAAGGUGAGAUCACUGACACUCGACUCGUGGGAACCAGAACUCCUGAAGCUGAUGUGUGAGCUGGGUAAUGAGCUGAUUAAUCAGAUCUACGAGGCUCGUAGAGGAGAGAUGGGCUGGAAGAAACCACAGCCUGGAGACCCCAGGCAGGAAAUCGAGGCCUACAUCCGGGCCAAGUACGUGGAGAGGAGGUUUGUGCGAAAGCAAGAGUCUCAGGAGCAAAGGUCAAAGGUUAUGAUGCUGAGUAAACAUGACAAGCAUCUGAAGGGAAGUGUGGAGUUCCUGCCCCCUCGGCCACCCCCUCCCACUCCUAAAAUCCGCCCCGCCUCCAACACCUCUGCGCCCCUCAUUGGGCAGGAGGCUCGACGUGACUCGCUCUUCUGCCCUGAUGAGCUCGAUUCCCUCUUUUCCUACUUUGACACGUCAUCAAAGCUCCGGAGCCUGAAGAGUGCAGACAGCGGCAUUCACACCAGCGCUGAUGGAAGCAGAGAGAUGCUUAACUCUUCAUCCAACACCAGCCUGAGUGAACCAGAUCUGCAGGAGGCAGAGUCUGUGCAUGAGUCCCCGCCCGUUCUUCCCCGUGUGAUGGAGUGUUCCCCCAGUCUGCUGCUGUACUGGGCCUCGUGUGCCUCCAGUUUAGCCGACAUGGCAGAGGCGCUAGCGCUCGGUGCAGAUGUUAACUGGGCAAACGCUGAAGAUCAGAGCCGUACACCGCUGAUGCAGGCAGUACAGGGGGGUUCAUUAGUCCCGUGUGAGUUCCUGCUACAAAACUCUGCUAAUGUUGAUCAGCAGGAUGCUCGAGGAAGAGGAGCACUGCACCACGCUGCCAUGCUGGGACAUACCGGACAGGUUUGUUUGUUCCUGAAGCGUGGAGCUUGUCAGAGUGUUUCGGAUAUGGAUGGCAGGAGUCCACUGUCCAUCGCCAUGGAUACCACCAAUGCUGACAUCGUCACCCUGCUACGCAUGGCGAAGGUGAAUGAGGAGAUGAGGGAGUCACUGGAGCAGCCAACUCAGUACUUUCAGUCUCACAGUCACUCAGAGCAGUAUAGGAAGUGCAUCCAGGAGUUCAUCGCCCAGCAACUGGACGAGUGUUAACACACGACUAUAUGCCAUAGAUGAUAUCCAACACAGCUGGACGGGUGCUAACACAUGACUAAACACCAUAGAUAAUAACCGACACAGCUGGACAGGUGCUACCACAUGACUAAACACCAUAAAUAAUAACCAUCACAGCUGGAUGGGUGCUACCACAUGACUAAACAUCAUAAAUAAUAAUCAACACAGCUCCAGUUAAGACCUAAACACCACAGCUGCAGUAUUACAGCAUGUUGCAGACUAUAAGACAAGGUAUAUGUUGUAAUUUUUGCAUUAGCCUGUUAGUGUGUUUACGUCGAUGCACCACUGCCAUAACACUACUGUUGACUUGAUGCUGAUAUUAUAAAACUCCCGUAAUACUGACGAUAGAAUGUAUACUACGAUGUGACGCAUGACUAUUAGACAGAUUCAAUAUGGCUACAUUCCAGUACUAUUUUUAAUAUCAUCCAUUUUCCCUUAGUUGACUCCUCUUGGACAAAUCAGCUGCUGUUUCAUUGCUGCUUAAGGAAGUGAAGGGGCCAGAGCUACCAGAUGUCUCUGUGGUUUGAAAAUUUAAGUACAGAUUAGGAGAGAACAGUUUAGGAUGGCCACAAGGGGGCACUGUCAUAUUAAAUUUUGAGAAUUUAAUUUAUCACCUGCUUUCAGUGGUAUUAAUUUACACACAGUAUCUUUUCCUUAGGGUGCACGGCUUAGUGGUUAGCACGUUCGCCUCACACCUUCAGGGUCCGGGGUUCGAUUCCCACAGGGGCCCUCUGUCUGCAGAGUUUGCUGCGGGGUUUCCUCUGGGUACUCCGGUUUCCUCCCCCAGUCCAAAGACAUGCAUGGUAGGCUGGUUGGUGUGUCUAAAGUGUCCGUAGUGAAUGAGUGUGUAUGUGAUUGUGCCCUGCGAUGGACUGGCACCCUGUCCAGGGUGUACCCCGCCUUGUGCCCAAUGCUCCCUGGGAUAG